GUCAUAUUCAACAUCACCCGCUGCGUUGCGAUUGCGAGGUCCCGACACCUACCUUUGCGAUUUUACUUCACAUGUGGUCUGCUUCGAGUCGUGCUCAACAAACUCACAGGGCGUCAGCUUCAAUUCCUGCUUCCCGGAUCUACUGAGUGCUACCAAAAAUGGAUCGCGGAAAGCAGGACCGAGUUGGGCAAUGGUAGAAACGUGGCGGCUGUGGCAAAUCUCAGAGAACGCAUCGAAAUGCUCCCGGUCAAAUCAUCUUCCAUCAUGUGGCUGGGCGACCCUUCCACAGCGGACAAGGUUGUCUUAUUCUUCCACGGAGGGGGAUACAAAGCACCCAUGUCGGCCGGUCACCUAGAAUGGUGUCUGCAAGCUUACAUCUAUGCCGGUCCUACACUGAAGGUUGCGGUUGCCCUGUUACGAUACGCUCUUGCUCCGGAAGCGGCAUAUCCGGUGCAACUGUCGCAGGCAAGCAGCGCACUCUCGCACGUACUACAGGCCGGUUUCAGACCAUCGGAUAUAAUUAUUGGUGGAGAUUCUGCCGGCGGCAAUCUAACAUUACAAUUACUUGGUCACUUGCUGCACUGUCAUCCCAAGGUUGAAGGGGUGCAAAUUGACGAACCGUUGCUAGGAGUCUUCCUGGUAUCACCCUUUUUAAGCGCUCGCACUGAUACCGCUUCAUUCAGGGAAAACAAUUACAUCGACAUGCUUUCUGCACACUCGGUCUCACUUGCCGUUGCAGAUGUAUUUGAGGGUACAGACUACGAGACGGAGCUCCUAGAUGGGAAAGGCUGGGCUCUCCCGACUGAUAUAGACGGGCCCUGGUUUGAUGGUGUUUCACGGAUAUGUAGAAAUCUGUAUGUUACGGUGGGCCAACAUGAAGUUUUGAGAGAUCAUGGCGUUGAAUUUGCUGAAAGUAUUGCGCUUCGCAACCCAGACCUGGACGUACGUUUGGAGAUUGCGGAGAAGGAGGGUCAUGAUUUUAUUUUGCUGGAAGGGAAUAGCAAGAUUGUUGGAGAUGCCACGACACGAAUGAGGACAUGGCUCAACUCAAUUAUAUCCUAG